UGACGUCAUAUCCGUGCGCCCUCCCUCCACAGGUUAGAUGUCAGGUGGAGAACACCUGCCACAUCUUCCUGUGGAGUAAUGACAUCUUAUAUAUAUAAACCUGUUUGAACAGCCUCCACACACUGUACAUAAAAGAUGGAGGGAGCACUCAUCGUCAGUGUUGAACCCUCAGCAUCGAAGUGGUAGCUGCUGCCAUACUGGUUGUAUUUGGGGGCAGAAGUGAGCCCACUGUUUAGUAUUAGUACCUACUCGGGUAGGCUCGUUGCGGUUUUUCGGGUUCUCUGUUAGGUCAUAGUACCUGGUACUUUUUUGUACAUACUCCACCGGGGUUCUGAUUGGCUAGUCAAUGGCGUCACUUGAGAAGUCAUGAGAGUUUCUCCUUCACGAAAAUUAGAACCACUAGUUAAAAAACCUGGAACAAGGAAAUUGGCAACACAGAAACAAUACUGUGGUCCCCGAGUCCAUGAGGGAGUCUAUGAGAACUAACUCACUGCUGCCUCUGCCGGACAAUAAAGGAACUGCAGCCUCUGGUGCUUAAGGUUACUGGAAAGUCGAGUAGAAAAGCACAAACACGGAGUGAAAAUAUGAUUCUUGUUCAUCAGGGAGAACCCGCGGUUCUAUUUACAACACUCUAAGUUGACUUGAGCUGCUCACGUGAGGUGUACGUCACUAUGCUAUGGCAAGGAGAGGGGCUCCUGGCUCCUCCUCUUCCUCGUGUCUUCAUGGGGAAUGUCAGGCAUGUGCCGCCUGUUGAAACAGCGUCGCUCUGGCCUCUUCGACCUCUUGUUUAUUGACACAGAUAUGCUUUAAAAGUUAAAAAAAACAAAACAAAUAUUUUUAAGAAGAACUGCUAUAAGGCUUUGUUGUGUGAGAUGAGUCACUAUACCUGUGUCUUUAUGACACCUGUGAGGCAGGUGAGUGCUGCUCCGUCCUUCACAGAUAGAGACGCAACACAAAGUAAUAAAACAAAAGUGAUCGUAUGGGAUGAUGACGCGUUUAAAGCAAGUGAAUUAGAAAGUUACAGCAGGGAUACAAUAAAAUGUAAAAUAAUCAAUAACAUGUGAUCAGUGAAGUAAAAGUUGUGUAAUUUAUAAAUGUCUUUAUUUACUUGUGGUUUGCAGAUAUGAACUGAAGCGGUCUGACAGAAGAAUCUACUAGCAUGCUUUUCAAUUUGAAGUUUACGGAUGAUACAGGAUGAAACGCCUCCGGUCCUCCAGCAGCAGUGACACGUCUGACAAUGAGAGUCCAUCGACCUCGUUCUGCUCCUCCAACAAAUAUGGGAGCAAACCUGGAACGCCCGCCUCCAACCAGAAGAAGCCGGCUGAGGUGUUCAGGAAAGACCUGAUCAGUGCCAUGAAGCUGCCUGACUCCCACCACGUCUCCCCAGAGGACUACUACCUGCUGGCAGACACCUGGAAGCAGGAGUGGGAGAAAGGAGUGCAGGUGCCAGCGAGCCCAGACACCAUCCCAGAGCCGUCUGUCAGAGUAAUCGCGGAGAGGCAGAAGGAAGUGCUGUACGCCCACCAGAAGAAGUACAUCCAGUGCUGGAGCCAGGAGUCCCCGGAGCCGGGAUUCGUGAGCAUCAAAGAGCUGGCGGAGGCCAUGUGCCGCUACGACCUGGAUGACAUGGACCUCCACUGGCUGCACGCGCUCAACCACGAGCUCGAACGCAUGGGUGAAGAGCCGGUGGACGAGCUAAUGAUGGAGCGAGCGUUGGAGGCGCUGGAGAGGCAGUGCCACGACAACAUGAAGCACGCCAUCGAGACAGUGGAGGGUCUGGGGAUUGAAUAUGACGAAGACGUCAUCUGUGAUGUGUGCCGCUCUCCGGACAGCGAGGAGGGCAACGACAUGGUGUUCUGUGACAAGUGCAACAUCUGUGUGCACCAGGCGUGCUACGGCAUUGUUAAGGUGCCCAUUGGUAACUGGCUGUGCCGGACAUGCGUCCUCGGCAUUGACCCGCAGUGCCUCCUGUGUCCCCAAAAGGGCGGGGCCAUGAAGGCGACACGAGCCGGCACCAGGUGGGCUCAUGUGAGCUGCGCUCUGUGGAUCCCUGAGGUCAGCAUCGCCUGUCCAGAGAGGAUGGAGCCCAUCACCAAAGUCUCCCACAUCCCCCCCAGCCGCUGGUCUCUGAUCUGCAGUCUGUGCAAGCUGAAGACAGGUGCGUGCAUCCAGUGUUCAGUAAAGAACUGCACCACCCCCUUCCAUGUGACCUGUGCGUUCCAGCACAGCCUGGAGAUGAAGACGAUCCUGGAUGAAGGGGAUGAAGUCAAGUUCAAGUCGUACUGCCUGAAGCACAGCCAGCCCAAAGCCGGAGAGGCCGGCCUGAGCCCGGCUCGAGCCAAAGCCCCUGGAGAGGCGGGGAAGGGGGGCCAGCGAGCUCAGCGGCUGCAGGAGCUGGAGGAGGAGUUCUACACCCUGAUCGAGCCAGAGCUGCUGGCUCGGGACCUUGGGCUGUCCCUGCACCUUGUGGACUUCAUCUACCAGUACUGGAAGCUGAAAAGGAAGAGCAGCUUCAACAGGGCUCUGCUGCCCCCUAAAGAGGAGGAGGAGCAGCUGGUGCUCCAGCCGCAGGAGGACAGCAUCCACACCCGGAUGCGCAUGUUCAUGCACCUGAGGCAGGACCUGGAAAGGGUGAGGAACCUGUGUUACAUGGUGAGUCGGCGGGAGAAGCUGAAGCUGCUGCAGAGCAAAGCUCAGGAGCAAAUGUUCAACUUGCAUGUGAAGCUCACGAACCAGGAGAUGUCUGCAGGUCUUCCUGCUUCGUUCCCCGUGGAGAGUGUGCUGUCCCGGCCUCCUCCGAGGAUCACUCUGAAGCUGAAGAUGCCCAAAGCUCCCGGUGUUGGGAACGGACCGCUGUGCCCAGACAACAGCGGGAACGUGGGUGAGCACGGCGGUGAGGUGGUGGGCCAGGGGAAGCCUCAGCUGCACGGCCGCAGCAUCAGAGAUGAGCGCUCCACCGGCCGAACGUCUUCCACCAGCGGUGCACCGCAGCAUGUUAAACCGAGCGGGAAACCUCUGACGCUGCACAGCGCGCUCCACGGACAGCCAUCCAACAGCAAUGGCAGACUGGAGCGAGACCGAGCACGCCUGCCCAAAUCUAAUGGCGUGCUGGAGAAGGGCGCUGCUCAGAGGGACGGCUCAUGCCAGACGCCCGCUGACCGCAACACUGCAAACGACAAGAGCGGCUUUCGCAAGUCCACCAUGGAGCACUUUGGCCGCUCCUUCAAACAGGCCACAAUCAACCUGGUCCGGACCACCGAGGACCUGCGGGCCGACAAACUGUCCCGGAAGAGCAGUGCCAAUGAGCGGCUGUGGGCCAAACCAGCGCCGGAGCACCGUGUGAAGAGCGCGCGAUCGUAUCAGGACAGCGACGGGUACUGCCCCGACGCUGAGCUCAGCGACUCUGAGCCAGAGGCCAAAGGUCAGUGCAGGCGGCCACUCGGGCUGCCGGACGUUCCGAGGAAAGGCAAACAGGCACCGGGCUCCAGGCACGCCAUGCAGAGGUGACGGCUGUGCAAACUGUGGGGCUGACGGUCCGCACGAGGACGCACCGUGAAGGUGAUCUGCUUGCUAAGUCCUGACAUACCGACCAUGUUUCCGGCCCCAGCAUCUCUUGGAGCACACGCGCAGUCACAUACACACACGGCGUUGUCUUCCUGUCAUGUGAUGAUGUUUGUCUCCACCCAUGUUGGUCCUGAGAACGGUCAGUGAUGUCACAGCUAAUGAGCAGAUCGCCAAGAAGAGGGUGACAGGAUUUUUGAAGCGACGCUUAGGGCGGGAGGUGCUGUGGGGGGGGGGGAUGAUCCUGCCGUAUUGUGUGCAGGUGUGCACACGGGCAUGUAAAUACCACGCGACUCUCGCCUGUCAGCGCUGCAUGUCUCCUUGCCUCUGCCUUCACACCAAGGUGCUGCGACUCUUCGUCUACCUUUCUGAAAACACGAAUGCCUUCUGUGUGCAGAAACACUCCACACGCUUUAGCUUCCAGAAACAAUAGAAACACAUUCCACGGUGCGACAGACGUUGAACUAAGGUCUUCAAUCAUCAUGAUGAGCCUUUAUUAUAACACAGACUUUAAUUGUGAAAGCAAGCUGCAGUUUUUGUUAUGAGGUGCACUUUUGCUGCUCAGCCCGAAAAAAAAAAAAAAAAAAAAAAAAAAAAAAAAAAAAAAAGAAAUCAUAAGGAGCUCCUGUUAAAGUGGGCGUGCUCUUCUCCUCACUUCCUGUCGUGUACCUGCACUUCCUGCUCAAUGAUCGCGUCAGCUCCAACUCCUCUGAACACUCAGUUUAUCAGUUUUUUUUAUACCGUUGGCCCUCUGUGAAGUCACAGAGAGAGAGAAUAGAAACCCUGCCUACAAGCUGUUUGGAACAGCUAGAGGGGCAGCAAUCAGAAGACACUAACCAGGAGCAGUGCUAAACAGCUUGUUUCAGGUGGAGGGGCUGUUGGAGCUGAGAAUCACGCAAAGCUGCUGUUAUGGGGCGGAGUUUAAACCUCAGCUGUGAUCUGAAAAUCAGGAAAACGUGCUGAGAGCUCGACUGACGCGUUUGGGUGUAGAAACAGGGUAAAAACUGUGCUGCUGCCACAUGCUCUGACUGCCUCUCUUAGGGCAUCUCCACUUGUGUCACUACGAGCAGCCGAGAGGUUCACUUUGAGGAUUAAACCAUCAUGGAGAGCGAUUUCACUGAGAACUUCAGUGUCGAUCAGGUUCAGUUAUAACGUUCAAAUGCAACCUCUGGUGAAUGUGCGUGUGGUCUCGGGUCGACGUUCUGCCCUUCAGGCGUGUGUGUUUGGUUUAUUGCAGUAACGAUAUUAAUCGGCGGUCUGAGUCGAGCUGCGUGGACACCGUCGCUCAGUUUUCGUGUCCUGUUUGCUGCCCACGAACCACUAAAGCUCGAGUGUCCGCAAACAUGGCCAAAACAGUGACAUCAUCUCCAGGACCAAAGCGCCAGCAGCGUGACGCGGCGGUCUGAAGGUGGAGGCAAGCGCCAUAUUUGAAACGAGUCGGUUUCUUUUUUUUCUUUUUUCUUUUUUGGUUGAGCUGCAGAAACAGAACCCGUCACGGGUUUGUCCUAUUUUUCUACAGAUGCUGAGUCAGUGCUUUUAUUUUAUACCUUCAUUUUUACCUCAUUUUUACGCUGAUCCUUCCUCAUUUAACAGAAACCGUCUCUCGUGCAUCAGCAUGGUGUCUCCACACAGACCGCAGGCAUGGUCACAGGCUGUAAACGAGCCUGUCGGCUCAGGAGGUUGAAUCCUCGGCAGCUCCAGGCAGGUGGAGCAGCUGCAGGAAACACUACAUGAAGCCCAGAGUUAAACUUUGACCUCGGUCGCUCGCCAUUCUGAGCCUGUGUGAGAGUGAAGCUGUGCGCCCACCCACGGUGCUCCAACACUAACAUAUUCAAAAAGAUGUUUUUUCAUGUUUGUUCCUCGUUUGGAAAAUCAUUUUUUAAUAAAGUCUAAAUGUUAAAGUCUGA